AUGAACCGUGGAAUGCGCAGUAGCCGGCUUAUUUCCUAUGAUGACACCGCCAGUAGCCCCCCGAUGCCGAUUCCUUUGCGAAACCGACAUUCGGACGUGCCUUGUCAGCGCGGUUCUUAUGAAGGUGGUAAAAAGGAGGUUAUUACGAAAAAUAUCGAACAAUUACUGAUCUGCGGACUAUGUGAACUUCGUCUUACGGCACCAAAAAUGCUCAACUGCCAGCACACCUUCUGUCUCCUUUGCCUGGAGGGUUGUCUGCAGAAGCAGCCGGACAAAACGUACUUGGGUUGCUUUACGUGCGGAGCGAAGCAACUGCUGAAGGAUGCCGAUUUGUCAGCUCUUCCUUCGAAUCUUCACAUCGACAACAUGCUGCUAAUGAUGCACCCUACGCCAACCCUGUCCUCUGGUCACCUCUCCCCAGUCACGAGCUAUCAGCUGGAAAAUAAUCUCUCCCCGACCUUGCAAUGUUCUAAGUGCGAGACUGUGUCCGAGACGCCGAUGCACAAAUGUGAUCACUGCAUGUCAAUGCUCUGCGCGAUCUGCUGGCUGGCGCACGUGGACGAACUCGGCCGGCAGGUGGGGCAGCUCGAGGGCCAGCUAAAGUCGGCCAUCGACAAAAUGGACCACAAAAUGAUCGAAUACAAGAGCCGUUUCUCCGAGAUCAACGACGAGAUACAUGGAUGCUUUCGUGAGAAAAUCCUAGCCCUUCAGCGCCAACAAUCGGAGCUAUUAGAUGCCGCGCAAGGAAUACUUAAUGACGCGAUCUGCUCGCACGAGGUGGUGAGGGAGAAAAUCGAACUCCUGCUGGUGUCACUCCGCCGGCCGAUCGUGGGUUCGCUGGAUCCGGUCCAGCUGUACCUAAAGCUGCACAAAGACAUGUCGGUCAUCCUGGAGGAGGUGUCCCUUUGGGGGCAGGAACGUAUCCUUUUCAAUCGGGAAAAACUUAAAGUGGAAACUUUGUUCGGGGUACCGACGCGGACAACCGUUAACAGGAGCUCCAGCUCUCGGCAAACACCCAUCAAACAUCAGCUUCAUCCGAACUCGUCCGAAACCACGGUGGCACAAUUUUACAAAAAUCACGUCUACAAACCCCGACUGAUGUGGAACCACUGCCAGCGUCCAUCAGGAGUGAGCUUUGCUCCCUGGAAUCACGAGUCUCUCGAAAAACCACUGCUCUACGUAGCAGGAUCCGAAUGUCGCAUCGUUUUCGGAAUUAACAAAGCAAACGGUCAAAUAAUGCAAAAAAUAACCCACGAAGAGCUCAGCUACCCGCAAGGACUAGCAUUCGAUGCCGAACGGAAGGAGAUGUUCGUUUCCGACACCUGGAAUCACUGCAUCUUCGUGUUUUCGCACGAUGGUAAUUUGCUGCGAAAACUUUGCUCCAAGGGUGAUCAAGCUGGGCAGCUAAGAUCUCCUCAAGGAAUCGCAUUCAGUUCGGAUGAUUUCAUCUUCGUUUGCGAUACGGGAAACGAUAGGAUUCAGUGUCUCAGUGCCAUGGAUGGGAAACUCCAUUCCCAGUUCGGCCGGCUAACGAAAGAUCAACUGAUCAAGGCAUCUCUAACAAAAACCGCCGCACGCAUGGUGGACUUGAAGAAUCCCACCGAUAUCGCCGUGCAGAAGGAUGCCUCCCUGCUGGUGCUGGACGCGGGCAACCGUCGGGUGAAAAUGUUCAAUAAAUUCGGCGAACAGUUGCUGGAGUUUGGCCAAACCGGAACGAUCAACGGGCAGUUCCAGUACCCGGAGGUGAUUGGGGUGGAUCCGGCCGGAUUUAUCCUGGUAGGGGAUGGUGGAAACGCCAAAGUUCUGGUCUACCGCCCGAAUGGACAGUUUGUUACAGCACUUGGAUCGCGGGGCGAUUCGGCGGGGAAAUUUAACUGGAUUUCUGGCAUUUGUAUCAGCAAGGAUUGGGAGAUUGUUGUUAGCGACUACAAGAAUCACGCUGUGCAGCUUAUUUUCUAA